AUGAGUAAUAGCAGGAGUAUUGGACAGGACGGUGUAGGCCUUGAAUUGAGUGACAUUCUCUCUUUGAUUGCUGAGAAGAAAAAAGAUGUUGAAGUUGUGGAGGGAAGAGUGCAAUUUGCAAAGGAGGUUCUUGACCUUAUAGAUGCUGCAGAUGCCACUGGGCACGCCGAGAUUGCUCGCGAAGCUCUCAAAAGACUAGCCACUGCCUGCAGGUCCCUAAUAGGAAGACCAUUUUUAACUUUGUUGCAGGGCCUGAUAAACAAUCUGAUCUCCAUAGGCCUGGGGCGAGAAUCAUCAUUUUCUGCUGCAGUUCUGGGAGACAAUGCGCUCAUGGAGAAGGCAUGGCAAGACACAGGAAUGCUCGCAGAAGCUGUUCUUCGUGCCCAUUGA